AUGAAGUUCAUAGGAGGUAUUGUCGCGCUGGCUACGUUGACAGCUGCUCAGAAUCUCUCAUAUGGAGCCGAUAACUUCUACCGCAGUGAUCUCGUCACGCUGCAACCCAUCACUUUUAAGAAUCAGUACCGGAUGACAAUCGCCGCCAACCUCUUCACUCCUAAGAACCUUACCUCCAGCCAGGCCCCCGCUAUCGUUGUUAGCCAUCCGAUGGGCGCAGUGAAAGAGCAGAGCGCGAAUCUAUACGCUACAAAGCUGGCCGAACAGGGCUUCGUCACCAUAGCACUUGACCACGCAUUCUGGGGCGCUAGCGAUGGUGAGCUUCGGAAUGCAGUCUCACCUGACCUCUACGCGGAAGACUACAGCGCAGCUGUUGACUAUCUCGGCCUGCAGGAAUUUGUGGACCGUGGACGCAUUGGAGCUCUUGGCGUGUGUGGCAGUGGCAGCUUCUUGCUCAGCGCAGCGAAAAUUGAUCCGCGAAUCCGGGCUAUCGUGACUUCAAGCAUGUAUGACAUGGGGAACUCCACGCGGAACGGAAUCCUGCUAUCACAGAAUCUUGAUCAGCGCAAGCAGGUCAUUGCAACUGCUGCCCAGCAGCGCUGGAUCGAGGCAGAAGGAGGAGAGGUGCAGUAUACCAGUGGUACUGUGGAAGUCCUUACGCCCGAUUCCCCUCCAAUUGCACGCGAAUUUUACGACUAUUAUCGUACUUCGCGUGGAGAGUUUACGCCUCCACGCUCUUCGCUGAAUCUUACAACGCACCCUACGCUUACUAGCAAUUCGAAGUUCAUGAAUUUCUACCCCUUGGCGGAGCUCGACACGAUGAUUUCUCCACGCCCAUUGCUGUUUAUCGCGGGCGAACAGGCACAUUCACGUGGGUGGAGUGAGGAUGCAUACAACCGAGCUGCGGAACCCAAGCAGCUCAUCUUAGUGCCAGGGGCUAAUCACGUCGACCUGUAUGAUCGCGUUGGUCUUAUUCCUUUUGACACGAUCACUCGCUUCUUCCAGAACAACCUUCGCGGGAAUUCUACACGCACUGCCUAG